AUGGACUUUCGGCGGCCUGCCCUUGGGACUGCUUGGAACCCGGGACCGAGCAACCAUCAAGAUUUGGUAAUUGAUUUGACGGCCGAGGACGAGGACGAGGUCCGGCCUGAAAAUGAGACGAGGGGUUCCAUACGUGCGGCCGGGCCUCCACAAUUCCCACAUGGACGGGAGAUCAUAGAUCUAUCAGCAGACGCUUCCACAGUGGUAGAGUCAGAUCCGGACACUGGGCCUAGAAGACCUCCUGCGGAAAGCCCAGACAUAGAAUUCCUGUCAUCUCGGCCUCGAAGAGGACGGCCCAGUGCCCAAUGGCAAGUACGCAGUCGAGAAAAUGUAUCUACACCGCUUUUCAUGGGACAUAACUUUGAAGAGAUGUUGGCAGAUAUGGAUGUGGAUCCAGAUGAAGACUUGGAUGAGGAUCUGGACCUCCAGUUUCUUCGUGAAGAGCCACGGCUGCAACCAAGACUCGCCCAAGAUCUACCCCAACCACCUCAUCGAACAGCAAGAAUGACAGCGUUCAUAGAGAACAUCAGGGGCAACAUGAACGAGAUAUUGGACAUGGGACAUGGACGUUUGGGACGCAUUGCAGGCUUCCAACUUCCUGGAUUACUAGAUUUUGAUGCCGUCGGAUUCCAUAUAGCCCAACCAAGAGCACCCACGCCUCCAGCCCCAACCUACGAGGCGCCCUCACCAGCUCCACUAGGCUUCACGAGAAGCCCGGAAGAAGACGAAAUUCUGAUUUGUCCAAAUUGCCAGGAUGAGUUGUGCACGGGGAACGAUGACACAAAACGUCAAGUGUGGAUUAUCAGGGCGUGUGGACAUAUCUAUUGCGGAGAGUGCACGCAGAACCGGUCUAUGAGUAAGCGCAAAGGCAAGAGUAAGGCGCUGUUCGAGGCUGCGCCGUUCUCAGCAUGUGUAGUUGACGAUUGUAUGUCGAACGUCAAGCCGCCCAAGUCGAUGAUUCAAAUUUUCCUUUGA